AUGGCGAAAUCCUUAGUGUUUACGGUGAGAAGACAGGCAGCAAAGUUAGUGCCUCCAGCUAAGAGCACUCCUUGUGUCCAAUUGGGUCUUUCCGACUUCGAUAACAAUAAAGGAGUUCGCUAUCAAAUAGAGAACAUGUUGUUAUACUCCCGCCUCGAGCAUGCAACAAUGAUCCAAAGAGAUCCAGCUAUGGUCAUGAAGGAAGCCCUCGCUCAGGCCCUUGUUUAUUACUAUCCAUUAGCCGGUCGCUUAAGGGAAGGCUCAGGAAGUAAGCUUUUCGUUGAAUGCACCGGUGAAGGAAUCUUAUUCAUUGAGGCUGAUGCCGAUAUCACCCUCCAGCAAUUAACCAACCUUGUUCAACCUCCUUUUUCGAACUUUGAGGAGUUUCUUUAUAAUGUCCCUGGCUCUGCCAAUAUCAUAGGUUGUCCAUUGCUGUUAAUUCAGGUAACACGCCUCAAGUGUGGGGGCUUUGUCUUUGCAAUCCGUUUGAACCAUGUUCUAGGUGAUGCCGCAGGAUUUGGGCAGUUCUUGGUCGCUGUCGGGGAACUAGCACGAGGUCAAAAACUCUCUGUAGAGCCUGUAUGGAAGAGGGAGCUUCUAAACGCUAGGGAUCCACCGCCAACAGUAACGCCGCACCAUGAAUCAACAAAUGUUUCCGUUGAUAAGACUGUUCUACACUCUUUGUUUUUUGGACGCACGGAAGUGGAAGCUUUGAGGAAACUUGUCCCUCAAGAACUGCAAGGCUGCACGAUGUUCGACUUGAUGGCGGCCUGCCUAUGGAGAUGUCGAACCAUCGCUCUCGGGAUUCACCCAGACGAUGAAGUGCGGCUGGUUAUCUUAAUGAACGCCCUCAACAAGUUUCAACCACCUCUUCCUUCCGGUUACUAUGGCAAUACGGCUGUAACACCGUCGGCGUUGUCAACUGCGGGGAAGCUAUGUAGGAACCCUCUAGGUUAUGCGGUAAAUUUGGUUAUGAAAGCAAAAAGGGAGGUCACGGAAGAAUACUUGAGGUUGUUAGUCCUCAAAGGGCGACCUUACAUCACGACUGAGAACAACUAUUUUGUUUCAGACUUGAGGAAUUCUGGGUUCUCAAAAAUUGACAUUGGCUGGGGGAAACCUUGCUAUGGAAGAGCACUCAAGUGCUUUGAGUGGGAGAGUAUGUUCAUACCCACUAAGAACGAAAGAGGCGAGGUUGGGCUAAUGGUGCCAAUAUGGCUUUCAGAGCCAGCCAUGAAGGUAUUUCAGGAGGAGCUCCUAAGCUUGCUAAAACAUUCUUCUCAACAAAAUCAUCAUUGUUUCAACUCAAAGUCUUCCAUAUAA